CGCCAAAACUGGCCGCCCUGCUUUUUCUACCGCGCCGGCACCACACGAACGCGGCCGAAAAACGUCAUUCGAGUGUGUAAUCGUGAAUGAGACCAGAAGCAGUGCUGAGGCCGUCUUUUGUGUGCGCCAGCGGACCGUGUUUCGCGGUUGGUUAAAAGGAGAGAGGAGUCGGAAGGAGUGUGGUGAGGAGAAGAGGAGAGAGAGAGGAGUUGUGUGGCGCAGGAAGUAGUAGCAGCAGCAGGCAGGAACCGUAAGAUCUCCAGAGGCGAAGUAGGCGACGACGACGACGGAAUUUAGCAGCAGACAAGAGACAGUUCAGAGCAACCUUCAAGAAAUGUCUGGAAAUACGUGCUUCAAGUGUGACCGGCCGGGCCAUUACGCCCGCGACUGCCAGAACGUUGGCGGCGGCGGCGGUGGUGGCCGUCCCGGCGGACCCCGUGGUGGCGGCGAGCGCCGUGAGUUCGGAGGCGGUGGCGGACGCCGCGAGAAGUGCUACAAGUGCAACCAGAUGGGCCACUUUGCACGUGACUGCAAGGAGGACCUGGACCGGUGCUACCGUUGUAACGGAAGCGGCCACAUCGCGCGCGAGUGCAGCCUGUCGCCGGACGACUCGUGCUGCUACAACUGCAACCAGAGCGGCCACCUGGCCCGCAACUGCCCGGAGAAGAGCGAUCGGGACCUGAACGUGUCCUGCUACAACUGCAACAAGAGUGGUCACAUUUCGCGGAACUGCCCGACCGGGGACAAGAGCUGCUACAGCUGUGGCAAGAUUGGCCACCUGAGUCGCGACUGCACAGAGAACAAGGGCCGCGAUUAGAAGUCGGGUUAUGCGUCGUCGUGGUGCGCCAGCAGCAGCGGUCUCACAGCAAACACCAUCAACAACAACAACAGCAUCGUCAGCAAUAGCAGCAGUUUGAACCACAUCAACAACAACGGCGGCCAGGUCGGUUACUACCACCGGAUGGCUCCGCUGCAGAGCAGCAGCAACAACAACAACAACAAUCCCCAGACGGUGUCCUGCGUUCAGCAGCAGGACCAGCAAAAGCAGCUUCUCUUUGGUGGGAUCAACCCGUUUCACCAUCAACACCUACAGCCGCCGUACGGCGGCGGGACGGCGGGCGGAUUCGCCGAAAGUACCAUCAAAUCGAUCGGCACCAAUUCCGCUACCGCCGCCGCGGCUGCCUAUCUGCUGCAACAGCAACAACAACAGCAGAAGAGCUACUACAACACUAGCGCUUCGUCCCCGAUUGGGGCCCACCUUGCGGGGGGCGGUCCCAUCGGUGUGGGAGGUGCCACCGGUGUGGUGGGGUCAUACGCUGCUCCGUCAACUGUCGCGGCCGCUGCUGCUGCCGCUGCCACCCUUCACGCAAGCAAACCACGAUUCAAAUUAUAAUAAAUGAUGAUCAUUGAACAAUAUUGAUUGCAGAUAACUGAUGAAGAAGUUUAAAAAAAGAAGAAAAUCACACACUCACUCACACACACACACUUUCACGAAUGAACUUUUUUUUUUGAAAAUCAAAAAAAAACAUUAAUGCAGAAGCGGCAAACAAUUUAGGAGGGUCUCUCGCGAGGAAGAUACAAAUCUAUAUUGAUUCAGACACUCUCUCAAACAUAAGCGUUUUAUGCUAUUUAUUGUUUUUUUCCCUCCCCCUUUCUUUCAUGUUCUCUUAAACUGUACGAAGCGAAAGCGUUUGAUAAAAUAUACACUCACACACUAUUUCGUAUAUUGGAGAGCUCUAAAUAAAAAAAAAAUUAAAACCCAGAUCAAGGAAGAAAUCAACCGCUGAAAGGUUAAAAUUUUGCGUUUUUUUUAUUUCAUCAUUUUUUUUUUUCUUUUACGGUUGAGGGUAAUUUGCUGGUAAGAAGUUUAAAGUAGUUGAGUAAAGACUUUUUUUUCUACAUUAUAUAUUUUUUUCUUAUUUUUUCAUUUCCUAACAUCUUGUAUUUAUCUAUCAAACACGGCGCAAAAUGUAGUGUUGCGUUUUCAUAAUCGUAGCGUUAGAGUUUGUUUGCAGUUUUCAAUCAGCAAAGCAAAAAAAAAGAAAGUCACAUUUGAAAAUGGAACCCAGUUCGGUUAGUUGCGCUUAAAGGUGUUCCCCCUUUCCUCCCAUUGACAAAAUUGUGGACUCGCUGAGCUUGCGCUGGGGUGGUUUUUCGGUCUUUCCGGUUGGUUGUCGGACGUGAAACAGCUGUAUCGCUCUAACGAAACGCGCCAGUUCUACAUAGCAGACUCGGGAAGCUGUUCAACAGCAGCUUUGAGAGAGUUGUGCGAAGCGCGGGUAUAGACACGAGGAGCACGAUUUACAACAAGUCAGUUCAACUACUUGCUUAUGCCGACGACAUUGACAUUAUGUGUAAGUGAACGAGUUCGUGUACUUGGGAUCGCUGGUAACUGCCGACACCGUUGUGAGUACUGUGCCAACCUUGAUGUAUGGGACCCCAGUGUGCCGCUGUAAACAGAGCCCAAAUGACAGUUCCACAGUGUUCACAACCAGUUUAGAGAUCCAGACUUGUAUUCCAGCUGGAAAUCUUGCUUACUUCGGAUUACGGAAAACCUUGAUAUCUGAAUAAGAUUCGAACGGAACAGAAUCGAUACCAUCAAAAAGCUAAAGAAUUACUAAGCAUCUGGUAAGGAAGGUAUCGGAGCGGAACUCAUCAAGAUUAGUGAUACAGUCAAGAUCUGGAUCUACAAGAAGAGAUUCAUGUUGGAUUUUGCAUCUACUGAGUGUUUUCCCUGUGCGAAAGUUUUCAUAGGUGUCGCUAGUUUUAUCAGGUAAGUCUCCGACGAAGAUGAUGACCGCUUGGCCCUGCUUGUGUCCCCCUCGUGAGUGCGAAACCGGAACCACCCGAGCGCAAGUUUCGCCGUUUUGGUUAUAUUUGUCCUCACCUUUCCGCAUAGAAAGAAACACAAAAAGAUUUAAAGCGUUAUUGGAAGUAAAACAUUUAACAAAACAAAAAAAAGUCAUAGAUCUUUGCGUAUUAGUCUAAAACAAAAUAUUUACUAAAUACAAUUGAUUGAAACAUUAUAAACUUAAAGAAGAAAAAACAAGCAAAAUCUAUUAAACAAGAAGAGAAACAAAAAAAAACAAACCAAGUAAGAAAUUUUAGUGUCGAUAAACGUCUAUAUAUUAAAGAAAUCAAGAAAAUGUAAUCGUACAAAAAAUUAAGAAGCAGCAGAAGUAACAACAACCACACUCACAAUAGAGAGAGAGAUAGAGGAGCGAAACGCGAAGAGAAGGCAUCAAACAGAGAGAGUAAAAGAUUGAACAACCAAACGAAAAAAAAGGCAAUGAGAGCGAAUGCAAGAUGAAAGAGCAGAAGUCAACACUAGCGAAACUAACACAGAAACAGACACACACAAAUCAAAGGAAGCGAAGCGAGCAGAACGAGGGAGGAUGAGAGAAUACACACAACUGAAACAAAAGCGACGAAGAGAGGUAGAAGAGAACAACACAACACACGAUUCAAGCUAUGUUAUUCUUUUUUAAACUGUGAUAACAGCCAAAUCUUGAGCAAGCAGACGGAUUGAGAUGAGAUUUAAAACACACUCAAACUGAAUCGAACUACUAAACUGAGACGAGCAGCGAAAUUUGAAAAAAAAAAAGAGUGAAGAAUUCCAAAGUUUUGUAUUUUUGAUUUCUCUAAUUUUUGGAGUACAGUGAGGCACUUUGGGCAAAAGUGUCUCAAGCUUGAGCGAGAGGAUUUUGUUUUUUCUACGGUGAAAAAAAUACAUUUUAUAAAAUAUGAUGAAGUUAUUGGGAAACACACUUUCGGGAGAGUUUUCGGUUCGGCGAAUAAAAAAAACCGUUUCCUUAGCCGUCCUCGCGUUUACAAAAUAUUCACUAAAAACCAGUACUACUGUAACAAAACGAGAAAGAGAUAAGCAGAGUAAAGUGUUAACACGAAGCUGAGUUAAUUAUUAAACAGAGCAAAACUUACAAUAACAGAGAAAAAAAUGUGUAACAAAUAACACGGAAAAUGCCCGGAGGAGCAGAAGAAGCAAACAAAAAAUAUACUACGAAGAAGUACUAUUUGUGGGUUAUCGUUUUAUGAUAACGUUGACGACGCUCGAUUUGUUUCUAUAGUUUUACUACGUUCUUUUUUUAUACAACCGGGACAGCCAAGCAGGAGAAUUACGCUACUUACUGUAAACUUUAGGACAGAACACAAGAAGAAGAAGUAAAUGUCCACAAAGCGGCGGGAGAGCAAACAAAAAAAUAAAAUACAAAAAUGUAAUGCAAAGAGUACCUUUUAAAAAAUUAUUAAGUUGAAGACAAAAGAGCAAACGGGACGAUAUUUUUACACACAACAAAAAAAAACUCACACUCAUUCAGCAAAACUGCACGUUUUCCGUGUUGUUGUUGUGGCCAGGUCGAAGAGCUAAAAAAAAAGAAGUUAUAGCUAAGAAACAAAGUAACCUUGGCAAAGUUACGGCGAAAUGGACAGUGGCGCGCGCUUGCAACGCGUACAAUUCUAAUUCCUAAGUGCUCAAAACCAAGACGAAGGCGAAAAUGGAUCGGAGAACUUUUGUUUAUUGUUUCGAAAGGUACUUAUCAAAAAACAAAACAAA